GUCCGAAUCCAACGCCGAGCCAGUAGUAACAGAGCCGCGAGCCGCUGCACCCGGUGCGCCGUGUACUCCCUGCAGAGAAGCCGAUUACCGCUUGUCCAGGCUUCAGCCGCACGCGACUCCAGGCAGACAGCCAUGGCCCAGAAAAGGACCAUCAACUUCGGGGCGGGGCCCGCCAAACUCCCCGAAGAGGUUUUGCUGGAAGUGCAGAAGGAGCUUGUUCACUAUGGCACAUCUGGAAUAAGUGUUAUGGAGCUAAGUCACAGGUCGCCAGACUACAGCAACAUCAAUGAUCAGGCUCAGCAAGCAGUACGAGACAUUCUGAAUGUUCCAUCAAAUUACAAAGUUAUAUUUUUACAAGGAGGUGGCACUGGGCUUUUUGCAGCUGUAGCUCUUAAUCUCAUGGGGCGUACUGGAUCAGCUGAUUACAUAGUAACUGGAUCUUGGUCAUCCAAGGCAGCAAAGGAAGCAGCCAAGUAUGGAAAAGUCAAUCUUGUUUUACCAAAAACUGAUAAAUAUGCAGAAAUUCCUCCUGCUGCCUCAUGGAAGCUAAGCCCAGAGGCUUCUUAUGUCUACUACUGUGACAAUGAAACAGUCCAUGGUAUUGAGUUUCCUGACAUCCCGGAUACCAAAGGAGUGCCUCUAGUUGCUGAUAUGUCUUCCAACAUGAUGUCUCGAAAGUUUGACAUCACCAAGUUUGGUGUGGUAUUUGCUGGAGCUCAGAAAAAUAUUGGACCAUCAGGAGUGACAUUAGUUAUUGUUCGAGAGGAUCUCUUGGGAUCACCUCUACCAAUUUGUCCCAUCAUCAUGGACUUCACCAUCAAUGCCAAGGACAACUCUCUUCACAAUACACCUCCUUGCUUUGCAAUUUACGUUAUGUGGAGAGUAUUUGAAUGGAUCAAGAGACGAGGUGGAGUUGAAGCAAUGGAAGUUGCUGCUAAAAAGAAAAGCAGCCUCCUGUACAAUUUCAUUGACUCUUCAAAUGGCUUCUACACCAGCACUGUAAAGCCUGCAUGCCGUAGCCACAUGAAUGUGCCAUUCCGAGUUGGUGGAAAUGGAAAUGGAGAUGACGCUUUGGAAAGCGCAUUCCUCAAGGGAGCAGUAGCAAACGGCAUGAUUCAGCUCAAAGGACACAGGUUGGUUGGAGGCAUCAGAGCUUCUCUCUACAAUGCAGUCACAUAUGAAGAAACAGAAACCCUUGUCAACUAUAUGAAAUCUUUCAAAGACCAGAACAGCAAAUAAUAUCCUGGGCAAGACAGUCAAACUUUGCUAUACUGAACAUUACUACAGUAGCUAAUAACAAACCAUACUACAGAACCAGUUUUAAAAUCUACAUUCCAGAGCCAUAAGACUGCAAUUUUGUGCCAUGACAAACAUUGUAUUGUACAUAAAUGCAUACUGAUAUACACCAUCAGUUUUCAGAAAUAAUAAACAUUUCAAACUA